GUAGAAUCGUUUGCCGUCAGUCAUACAUACACGCCACGAGUUACCUAUGGUUUUACACUUUUGGACUCUUGAUCAGACAAUAACAGCAACAACAGCGAUAUAGAAGUGAUCCAAGACGUUGGACAACAAAAGUUUGAAACUUUGGCGUUGUACGUUACACUACCCAUGGAUACUCCGAACUGUGAUGGCUCGCGAAGCUUCGAAUCGAUUUAUUCAAGGAGUGGUCAGUUACCCGGAGACAGAGAAGUACACCAUAACGCCGCGUAUGACUCAACUCACGAUUAUGAGGAAUUACCAAGUAUAGUGGUGGAAAGUAAAGAACAAGGCCCUAGACGUAAAGACAAUGACUUAUAUGAACCAACCGGGCCUCUGAAGCAGCGCGUGAGACAAAUCACUGAAUGUUCAGACGAUUUAAGCGCACUGUCAGUGUGCAGUGCAAGUGGCUUCCCUUAUUGGAAGAAAGACAGCUGUCUAAGCAAAUUAAUACUCUUCCUUAUUCUUGCCUUUUCUGUAGCAGCGCUUGUAUUAGUGAUUUUAAUUAUUUACGGCACAUUGGGUCCAAAGUGUGGCUGCAAAGAUUUCAACACAGGUAUGUUAAAAACUACUGCAGGGGGUGUGUUCUUAUUUCAUAUUUCUUCACCAGCCUUACUAAAACGAAGAAUACGCGCAUGAAAAUAAAUUUGCUUAAUUCGUGCACUUGAGAGUAGCUAAAGCUUAAUGGGGUAUGUGGGCGCCAAAUUUUGUGCAUACUUCCACGUACCAACUUACAGUUGCUGGACACUAUCAAAUGGAUUGCUAUAAAUGUCAAAACAAACUAGAAAAUUGAUCCUCUGAAUGGAGUCGAGAAGGGAUACUCUUUGUAGUGUUCACGUGGAAAGGUCACUCAUUACGAACUCAUUCAUACUCACACAUCAGUUUAUUCAUUCAUUUAUUCACCAAGGAAUGUACUAAUGUAAAUAAUUUAACGAGUCCGUGUAUGAUCUCGCUCCGGAAGUCUUACGUUUUUACGGCAAUUUAUCUUAAGACAAUUUCUUAAGAUUCUUCAGCGAAAUAGCACCGAAGUCUACAUAGUUCUCUCUGGAAUCGAUACAUGUAUAUCAAAUCGUUAAUCGUUGGCUUGCCUAGGAAAAACACUGAAAAAAUUGAGCGGCGGAAAUUUGUGGAAUGUCCUUUUGGCGCGUAAAUCUUACAACCUCCUGUACCUUAGAUCAAUGAAAUUCGAAAGUUAUACAAUUGUCUUCUUGCUCAAACGCAGGUAGUGGAAGAUCAUAACUAAGUUCGAGUUAUAAAGGUAUAACCCAUGGCACCUUAGAUAGUGAAAAGUUUAUUUUGUCUCGCGCCAGCCAGAUUGCGUGCGUAGAGAGCGGUGAAACCAUGAGAGAAUCUUUGAUAACGAAAAUAUGCCGCUAUAAAAGGUCACAUUCCAGUAGCCCGCAAACGGAAAGAGGAAAAAGACUGUUGAUUCAAUUUAGAAAUAUAAACGCUUUCUUAUCUUCGACAUUAUAGCCGCAGGCGAGCUGGAAAUCAAACACACUCGUAUGGGUGGCGGCGUUCUUUCCUACUCUUUGUUUAUUAAUUUGUGAUGAGCACUCAACCCUUUGGUCACAGUUUUGCAUUUCUAUAAACAAUGUUUAUAUUAUAUUUUGUUGUAGAAAGGUGACAUCACGAAAUAAUCCGUAACCUUUUCCUACGCUUUCUUCAUCCGAUUAUUCUCAUUCAUUUUGAGUUUCUACCCUUUGGCUAUUUUCGUCUCAGGCUGCAUUUUAGCGGGAAAUAUUGAUUGUGUCACAAGGUCACGAUUUAGGCGGAAUUUGAAAGCCGCAUGUCUCACGAAGAAGGGUCUAUUUACCCACAUCAAUCAAAUACUUCAAUUAUCAUUUUUGAAAUCUGAAAAGUAUCUGUUUCCCACAAAAGUUCGCAUUUUACAUGAGCCCAAGCCAUUCACGCCAGUGUUGGCAGAAGUUAAAUAGUGUUUCAAACGUUUCCUUUUAAAAUUAAAAUGGGAAUGAUCAGUAUUACGUCAUUUAGUCGUUACCUUGGACAUUCAAAUCUUUCGAAUUGACUUCCAAGGAAAGCUUACUUGGAAUUUCUUUUCACUCUCAGGAACCAAGCCUGAUACACCGAGACCAGAAAUGCAGAGUUCUGUGCAGAGCUUGCUGAGCAGAAUUGAGGCUUUAGAAAAUGAGAUGUCAACCAUGAAAAGUAAAAUGGUAAGAUAUAAGUUAAUAGUGUGGGUAUUUUUCGCACUUUCGUGCUCAAAGCCUGAUCAAAUUUAGCCGCGAAACUAUUUUUUAGAUGCUAAGCCUAGGGUUUCAUUAUUGUUAGAAAAGGAAGGCAUAUGUGGGAUCAGAGUCCAUUUAGUAUUUAGCUUGCAUGUGAUGGAUUGCUUACACAGUAUUUCCGUUGCCGACAUAACUUUUCCGCACAGAGGACUACCUUCUUAUGGAGCAUCGAAUUACGCUCCACCGGAGGUUGCAGAUCUUGUGUGGCCACGUAUACGAACAGCGGGCCUUUGUUUUGUUUAUACACUUCAUUGAAUUUUACUCCAUUUGACUUGUACUCAGCUGAAGGCAAACUGUUGUCAUUAAUAAAGAAAAGAAAUCUCAUCACAAGUGAGGGCGGAAAUUGUUGAAUACAGAAAAUGAAAGAUAUUUUAAAAGAAACUCCAACUUUACAAUCCACCGCACAGCUCGCGGUCGGAUACUGUGACCGUGGGAAACAAAAAAACUGUCUGCUGUCCAGCUGGCCAGCACCUAAUCAUUAAACAAGUGUUUUUACGCAAGAGCAGGGAGAGUAACAAAGCCAACUGAAUAAACGUCCAUUUUUCUUGACUUUACAGGAGGCUAAAGAUAACGCAUUGGAAAAUUUUGUCACGAGACAUGAGAGUCAGGUUCGAGUUGUUUUAUUUUUUACUUUUAUCAAUAUCAUUGAAUAUUCUCUUUUUUAGUAGGGGGGGAAAGUGAGGCGAUGCUGGAUGGGAAAACUGUCUCUACUUUCUGUGCGCCUUUGUGACAUCCCUAUGAGACUGUUUUGCUACAUGAGAGAUAAUCCUCAAAUGUGAAAAAAAUAGAAAUGAGAAAAUAAAUAUCUAUUUAUCAACAACUUCCCGCGCUAAACAUAAAUGGGGACUCGCGACAAUCCAAAGAACGCUGUGAUUAAGUCAUCGUUGUUGUGACGCUUUAGUGAGAUAGGGAAGAAGAGCCUGAUUUCUCAUAUUCAUUCCACCCACAGGUUGAAGUUCUGCAGGCCCAAGUCAACAAGACUGCGACCAAGGUAUGUGUUGUCAACAACUCUGUUCUAUUCAGCUUUUAAAAUCUUUUUUUGUAAUCUAGGCUCCAACUAAGUUACUGCUAAUAAAAGAUUUUCACUCAUCAGGUUGCCACUGUGGAUGGUGUUUGGGUGAAGAUGCGCAGUUCACAUGAAGCCUUUGAGAAAAAAUUGGAUUCUGAAUUCAAACAACUAAACGAGUCCGUAAAGAAACUGAAUAACCAAGAUACUCUGAUAUCAUCAGAUGUGGAGGAACUUCGAAAUAAUCAGAUGAUAACAAAGAGGGUGAGCAGAAGGUUAGUGAUCAAUGUUACCAAUGUCGAGUCUUCUGUUCGAGAACUGAAGAAGACUAAUGAGAACAUCAGCAGCCGGGCGGCGAGUCUUGAGAGAGGAUAUAACCGGAUGAACAACGUGAUGAGAACACUUCAAGCAAUCGAUACUGCGCAAAACGCUUCACGGCAACGACUUCAUUCCCUGCAAAAACGUUUACGAGCCUCUUUGACGGCAGUGAACGCAACGUUAAAUGACAAGGUGAGUUCACAAUUUUCGUUUUUCAUAAAUUUCUAUGUUACGAAUUCAGGCCUUGGUAGCCAACAACCUCUUUGAGCUUUUGUUUCCUCAAGCGAAAGGAAAUCAAUUGUGUCAAGUUGGAAUAAGAAAAACCACCAGCUAAAUGUUCUGUUUUCGAAAAAUGAGGACUGCCAGCUGUUUUUCUUUUUUUUUUUUUUUUUUUUAAUUUUUAUCGUAAUCAUGAUUACGAUAAGAAAGCUGACGUUAGAGCCAAUCAGCGCAUUAUACGAUGCGUAAAUUAUAGGUAAUUUUCUGUCAUAUAAUGGGGUUCUUUUUAUUUAAGAUUCAAUUUUUUUAUAAUGGUUUUUCAUAAUUGUAUUUUGAUUCUAGAUAAAAAAACUGGAUGCCAUUAGCGACAAGCAGCAAGGCGUAAACCUCAGCCUGUGUAAAUACGAAUCUUUUGAGAGUUCUCCGAACACAGUUACAAAGAAUUCUGGUUCAAUCUCAGUCUCCUACCUGUUGCCACAGGUACAGUACAAACAACAAGUAAAACUCCCAGCAUAUGAUUAUUCAAAUGAAUUAAACACCAAAAAAAAAUUCCGAUCCAGUUGAUACUUAUAGUCCUAUAGACUGGUUAGUCUUUUCACAUUUGUACAAAUGCUUAGGGAACAUGAUCACCGCCCGUUCGUAACCACACUAGAAAUGCCGCCUGGCAAUCUUGGAGUCGAUUUAUUAACUUUCCUUUUAAUAUUUGCAUGGUUUCUUUAUUUCAACAGGGUAUGCGAGUAAUGGGUGUCACUUGUUCUACAGAUAGGGCAAGAUUUUACACAUUAAAAGAGCUUCCGGGUAAUGGCUUCAAGUGCGAGUGUAAACAUCUGUCCCCUGUGUUUGGGAUGACUGAAACUAAGAUGCGGUGUAAAAUACACGUAUGGCUAUGUCCUAUAUGAAAACUAUUCCUGGAACAGAUGAUGUUCGAGGAAAAAUACAACGGUGGUCACUAAGACCAUGAUAAUACUAAACGAAAUCACUGGAUGAAGAUUUUAUUUUUUCUUAUUCAUUUUCGACAAGGAUUAUUAUGGUCUGCAACAAGAAACCUCUUAGGUUCAAUUUAUUUUAAUAGUCUUCAAUCAUAAACCAAUUUGGCAACGUAUGUUUUGGUCGUACAUUGUCGGUGUGAUAAAAAUAUUUAAUACACGUGUUUGAGGUCCAAUAAGAGCUUAUAAAGAGCAGAGCUGUCCAUAAGUCAGCUGGUCAUAUUAACGCUAGCACUAAAAAUGCUUUCAGCAUAACUGAGCGUCUCUUACAAGUUGGACUGCAGGCCGAUAGAUUUUAGUUUUUAGCUCGUCUUUUAUAGGCCGGCUUUUUGCGAUAUUUUGUGAUAAGUUCUGCUUUGAUUUAUAUUCUGUGUUCAACACACCAGUGAUUUUUCAGUUUUAGAAUCCAUAGUAGAUUCAGCACUACCGAUUGUCAUCACUCGAAAACCAGCUCUUAUAAAAUACAACUUAAUGUAGCUUGCUAGUAAUCAGACAGGCCAUGUUGUAUGGAACCUGAUAUUUAAUACCUUUGAGAGGUACAUGAAGUAACAUGUAAAUUAUACGACAAACAAAUUCCAGGACAAAGCUCUCAAAGGAGCUAAUAAAAGGUUUAAGAUAUCUAGCAGCCGCAAGAUGGAGAAUUGCAAACCAAAAAAUUAUGAGUACAAAAUAUAAGUAAUUUAAAAUUAGGAUCAUAAUAUAUUUAAUUAGUUUUACAUGCCAAUAAUUUUAUCUCACUGCUUGAGUAAUAAAAAACGUCAUGAGAGUGACAAUGUAUUUUACUUAUGUAACAUUUAAAAACGAUAAAUAUUUGUUCAGGAACUGAGAGUGUCUUGGUGUCCUUCAGGAUAACUCUUAUAAUUUACUUUCAGUCAAAAAAAUCGCUACGAUAAUAAAUGGAUUACCUUAUAUUUUUGAUAAUGAUCAUGUACAUAUUUAAUGCUAACUAAGUGAAGAAAACUACAUUUUUUUAAAUUAGGCUUAAAAAAUUAUACUGAUAAACGAAGAAUGCACUGAGGAAAAUCUCUUAUUUGAGAUGCUUGUCUGAAUCGCAGAGAGGGAAAGGAUUUACUCUUAUUGCUGUUAGUGAUUUGUGUUUUUUGUUUGUAGUUUAUUGUUGAUAAGAUUAAUUCGGCUGUGGAUUAUUGUAACUGAUAUUCAGAAGUAGCUGUCAAAGUUUUUCUUGUUGUACUUAUCUUUGUUGAUAAUUCAUACAGAUAAAUUUAUGAUAAAUACUUACGGGAAAUCAAUUAAUAUAAAUGCUAAAUAAACUGGAUUUACAGUGAGCCUGAGUUGGGU